AUGAAGCUCUCGAUCCUCCUGACCCUGGCAUCAGGCCAACUGGCUUUGAGUUCGCCGGACUGGCGAUGGUGGGUUGUGAUCCUGGUGUACCAAGCUCCUUCGGCUUAUGCUAACCAUUCUCCUCAUCCGAAAGAUCGGCGCGGGCCCUGUCCGAUGCUGAACACAUUGGCCAACCACGGCUUUCUGCCACACAACGGGCGCAACAUCACCAAGGAGAUCACGGUGAAUGCUCUCAACUCCGCCCUGAACGUUAAUAAGACGCUCGGCGAGCUCCUGUUCAACUUCGCGGUAACCACCAACCCCCAGCCCAACGCGACCUUCUUCGACCUCGACCAUCUCAGCCGCCACAACAUUCUGGAGCACGACGCCAGCUUGAGCCGCGCGGACUACUACUUCGGUCACGACGACCACACGUUCAACCAAACUGUCUUCGACCAGACCAAGUCCUACUGGAAGACCCCCAUCAUCGACGUCCAGCAGGCGGCCAACGCCCGCCUGGCGCGCGUGCUGACCUCCAACGCGACCAACCCCACCUUCGUGCUCUCCCAGAUCGGCGAGGCGUUCAGCUUCGGCGAGACGGCCGCGUACAUCCUCGCGCUGGGCGACCGCGUGUCCGGGACGGUGCCCCGGCAGUGGGUCGAGUAUCUCUUCGAGAACGAACGCCUGCCGCUGGAACUUGGCUGGCGGCGGGCGAAGGAGGUCAUUUCAAACUCGGACCUCGACCAACUGACGAACCGGGUUAUCAACGCCACUGGGGCGCUGGCAAACAUCACGCGAAAGAUUAAGGUGCGGGACUUCCACGCCGGGAGGUUUCCGGGGGAGUGA